AUGUCAGCCGAAGAAAUAAACACCCUCCUCACCCUGCAAGCCGUGCGCACCAAAGCCCACCGCGUCUUCGAUCUCGCCAAGAGAAACGCCCUCAACCACUUCGACUACCACCCAGACCGACUCGACGCGACAGUCGACUACGUGAUUAGCAUAAUCAAGCGCGACUACGGCCCAGAUAACUACACCGCUAUCCCCCCGCACGGCCGCUGGCAGCACUUCGAGACCGGAUCCGUCCCGCGCAUAAACAACCUGUUGAAGGAAUGGGAUGCGCGCGGAUACGAUUCCCUCGAGAAGGUCCGCAGACUGGUUGAUCUGUUCUUUGUUUCGGUGCUGCUGGAUGCUGGGGCGGGCGAUACAUGGCGGUUUACAGAGCCCGGAAGUGGGGAUGUUUAUACCCGGAGUGAAGGGAUUGCAGUUGCUAGUUUGUAUAUGUUUCUGAAUGGGGAUUUCUCGGGAGACGGCGGACAGAGGGCCGAUGUUGUUACUGGUCAAGCCCUGAAGAAUUUCUCUGUCUCGGCGUUAUCAAAAGGAUUCCAGAUCGACGAAGCAAAUCCCCUUGUGGGCGCCAGUGCAAGAGUCGAAAUCCUGCAACGGCUGGGGGCGUCUUUGUUGGGGAACGAAGACGUUUUUGGGCCGCAGGGAAGACCGGGAGGAAUUGUUGACUAUCUGACCCGCAACGGGAGCGAGAACCUCGACUAUCCCGAGCUCUGGGGUGUCCUUCAACGGCUGCUUAUCCCGAUCUGGCCGUCAGACAGGACAAAAGUAGCUGGGAAGCCCGUUGGCGAUGCCUGGCCUUUGAGUGUGCUCAGCAAGCAUGAAGGAACGGCCACGGAAGCCGUUGCGACGGGAAGCAUCGCGCCAUUCCACAAGCUGACCCAGUGGCUUGCAUAUUCGCUCAAGGUCCCCUUCGAACGGCUACUCGGGACGACGUGGACAAACGCACAGCUGGGCACGGGUCUUCCUGAGUACCGAAACGGUGGGCUAUUCGUCGACAUGGGGGUGAUCACACUGAAACCCGAGGCGUUGGAACGGGGUCAGCGGGACGCUGGCGGCGGGAAAUUACCGUGUUUUGGCGCAGGUGACGAAGAGAUUGUCGAGUGGAGGGCCAUGACGGUUGCGCUGUUGGACGAGGUGCACGCACGGAUUUCGCAGAGUGGGGACUUUGGCGAUGUGAGGCUUUCAUUGCCGCAGGUGCUCGAGGCAGGAUCGUGGAAGGCAGGCAGGGAGAUUGCAGCAGAGAAACGGCCAGAGACCAAGUCGAGUCCGAUUCUGAACUCGGGGGAUGGGACGUUGUUUUGA